UGGUAAGAUCGCGCAUACUACAAUACGUAUGUACGUAUAUGUUAGAUGCGUUUAUCGCACGACGCAGAAAUACGACGAUGCAGGAUCUCGAUCGAUCAUACGGCGAUCAACGGUCGGACAGACAGAUGGGGCGAAAUUGUGGCUGUGGAAAUGAAGUUGGAAAUCGGCGGAAAUGGAGGCUCUUUAUGCGGAGAAGUACCGGUCGCGUUUCUCGCAUCCUACGAUUCUCUCGGAUUUAUACGUCUCGCAUAAACUUCUGUGCGCCAAAAUCGGACGAUCGUCUAUGCGGUUCGAAUAGCUGGAAAAAGGGAAAGAUCACGAAGAUAGAAAGGAGACCGACUUGGAAUACCAAUAUCCGAGGACUGGUGAAGAGAGAAAGCGAGCUAGAAUAUAAUGAGAGUAAAAAGGGCCAUUUCAGCUCUCAAGCUUUUGAAAAGAUUUUUCCGAACGAUUCGCGCGGAUUUCUACUCUCACGGGUGAGAAUAUAUACAGGAAAUAUAUAUACGUACAUACACUUUAAAAAAUAUCGGUGUGGGUUUAACACACACCAUGCAAUGUCUAGGUAUAUAAUUCUCAGCGUGUUGGUGUCAAUAUUAAUACCACAGUAAAAGUUAUAUAGAUACUACAUUGUGUGUGUGUGUGUGUGUGUGUGUGUAUGUGUGUAUCUUAAUUGUCACAAGAUAUAUAUAUCUCAUAAAUUCCACAGCGCACAAUCGACACGUAUAUAAGAAGAUUCAAUGAUCAGCACCAUUACGCGCUUCCACGACCUUCGGAAAAGCUAUAAACUUAUAAAUGUAUCCAUGUACGUUUCACGAUGGAAAUGAUGAUCGAAAAAAAAAACGAAUUCUAUUAUCAUUAAAUUAAACAAUUGCAUUCUGAGAAUUUUAGUCAUGACAAUAGAAUAACUAUUGACGCUAGAAUUGACGCUAAACAGGAAUAAAA